AAGCGGGGCCUCCCUGCAUCUGCUCCUCAGGAAGCCCAGUGCCAUGCUAAUGGAAAUGCUAAUGCUCAAUCUCUCUCUGCAGCCUUUUGUCUACCCGGUCUGCACCCCUGAAGGUGUCGUCUUCGAUUUGCUGAACAUUGUUCCUUGGCUUAAGAAGUAUGGGACCAAUCCCAGCAAUGGAGAGAAACUUGAUGGGAAGUCCCUGAUCAAGCUGAACUUUGCGAAGAACAGUGAAGGGCAGUACCACUGUCCAGUGCUGUACUCCGUGUUCACUGACAACACCCAUAUUGUGGCCAUCAGGACAACUGGCAAUGUCUACACCUAUGAGGCAGUGGAGCAGCUAAACAUCAAGGCCAAGAACUUGAGGGACCUGUUGACUGAUGAGCCCUUUUCCAGGCAAGACAUCAUCACCCUGCAGGACCCCACCAAUCUGGACAAAUUCAAUGUUUCCAACUUCUUCCAUGUGAAGAAUAACAUGAAAGUCAUAGAUCCAGAUGAGGAAAAGGCCAAACAGGACCCAUCUUACUAUUUGAAAAAUACGAAUGCCGAGACCCGAGAGACACUACAGGAGCUCUACAAGGAGUUCAAGGGAGAUGAGAUUUUAGCAGCCACCAUGAAGGCACCUGAGAAGAGGAAGGUGGACCAGCUGAAUGCCGCCCACUAUUCCACAGGAAAGGUCAGUGCGUCCUUCACCUCCACUGCCAUGGUGCCUGAGACCACGCAUGAAGCAGCUGUCAUUGAUGAAGAUGUGCUGCGCUACCAGUUUGUGAAGAAGAAGGGUUAUGUGAGGCUACAUACCAACAAGGGUGACCUUAACCUAGAGCUGCACUGUGACCUGACCCCAAAAACCUGUGAAAACUUCAUCAAGCUCUGCAAGAAACAGUAUUAUGACGGUACCAUCUUUCACAGGUCCAUCAGGAACUUUGUGAUCCAGGGCGGUGACCCCACAGGUACAGGCACAGGUGGAGAGUCCUGCUGGGGCAAGCCUUUCAAAGAUGAGUUCCGCCCCAACCUUUCACACACAGGCCGUGGGGUGCUCAGCAUGGCCAACUCGGGGCCCAACACCAACAAGUCUCAGUUCUUCAUCACGUUCCGCUCCUGCGCUUACCUGGAUAAGAAGCACACCAUCUUCGGACGGGUUGUUGGGGGUUUUGACACACUGACAGCUAUGGAGAAUGUGGAGAGUGACCCCAAAACUGACCGUCCUAAGGAGGAAGUAUGUAUAUGCACAACCACAGUGUUUGUGGACCCCUAUGAGGAGGCGGAUGCUCAGAUUGCUCAGGAGCGGAAGAAGACACAGCAGCAAGUGGAUCCAGAGGCCAAGGUCAAGAUGAGCCAGCCCCCGCCUAGAAACCAGGGCCCCCAGACAUACCGCCAGGGGGUUGGCAAGUACAUCAACCCAGCAGCCACGAAACGAGCAGCAGAGGAAGAACCAUCAACCAGCACAGCUGUCCCCAUGGCCAAGAAGAAGCCCAGCCGAGGCUUUGGGGACUUCAGCUCCUGGUAGCAGCAGGCUGGCUUCAUGGAUCCUGGUAGGGUGCAGGGCUGUGGGCUUCAGGGUCUGUCUCUGAGCUGUCUGCCCUUGUCAGUUUAGGCUGGGAGCCAAUAAACCUCUUGCCUAUGGCUGGGUCCAGUUUUGGCCCCUGGGACCCCUGGCUUCCCCAUCCCUUAGCUGGUACCUAUCUUGGGCUAGUGAGGAAGGCUGUGGCCUUUACCCCCACCCGAUCCGUCUCUGCCUCAGGAUGGCUGUGUGCUCACUCAUCAGUUCCCUGGCUAGUGCCACCACCUAAAUAUUCUUUUAGAAAUGCAGGUUCUCAAGGGGCCGCUAUAAUCCCAGCACUGAGAAUACCAAGACAGGAGGGUUGAGUGUUCAAGGCUAACCUGGGCUACAUUGGGAGACUGUCUCAAAAGAAAUUUAGAUAAUGGAGAUUGAGAUUGGUUCUCAGACCCUGUUUGGAUCCUGAGGUGGAGCUUGUACUCCGAGGCUAUUUGGUGAGAUCUCCUGGGCUUCCUUCCGUUAACACCACUUCCACAGGCACUUGCCCUGCCUUGCUCGGGACAGGCAUGCUCAUUGUCCUCUCUACUCAGUGGCUUUCUGCAUCAGCCAUACCUUGGUGAGCCUAAUCAGUAGCUUGUGCUGUGAUGACAGCGUGAGGUCCCCGUGAAGAGGAGACCUCCCUGCUGACUCCUCCUGACAGUCACCAACUCCUUGUUUUGUGUUUUUGAAACAGGGUCUAUCUACGUACCCUUGGCUGUCCUGAAACUCUCUAUGUAAGAUCAAACUGGUCUUGAACUCAAGAGAUCCACCUGCCUCUACCUCCCCAAGUGCUAAGAUUAAAGGCAUGUGCCAGGCCUGGCUUACCAAUCCCAUUUGAUCCCAGGACAAUUGUCUCUGUAUCCUGAAAGGAUCCUGCCAUUGGCUCCUGUGUGUUCAGACAGCUCAUACCAUCUCUUCCUCAUUGCUUUGCCUGCCAUCUUGACCCGUGCUGGCUUCCAGCUUUCCCCAGCUGCCUCUACACAAGUGUGGGCAGACUGUCCCCUCCGGACAGUAUCAUGUCACUGUGUUCUCUUGAUGCUCAGCCUGUCUAGGGCGCUCUUGUCCCUGGGUCACCACUCAGACUGUGUCACAUUAAACUCUAACUUAGGCUUGC